UAUACCUGCUGGGGUAAAGGGUGACACACAGCAGACAGUAUUACAGCACGUAGUUUUUUCCCUCCCUCUCUCUCUCUCUCCGCAGGAUGACCCCAUGACCAACCUGAACACGGCCUUUGAUGUGGCCGAGAAGUACCUGGACAUUCCCAAGAUGCUGGACGCCGAGGACAUCGUGGGCACUGCCCGCCCGGACGAGAAGGCCAUCAUGACCUACGUCUCUAGCUUCUACCACGCCUUCUCGGGCGCACAGAAGGCAGAGACGGCGGCCAAUCGGAUCUGCAAGGUGUUGGCCGUCAACCAGGAGAAUGAGCAGCUGAUGGAGGACUACGAGAAACUGGCCAGUGAUCUGCUGGAGUGGAUCCGCCGCACCAUCCCCUGGCUGGAGAACCGGGUCCCGGAGAACACCAUGCAGGCCAUGCAGCAGAAGCUGGAGGACUUCCGGGACUACCGGCGCCAGCACAAGCCGCCCAAGGUGCAGGAGAAGUGCCAGCUGGAGAUCAACUUCAACACCCUGCAGACCAAGCUGCGGCUCAGCAACCGGCCCGCCUUCAUGCCCUCCGAGGGCAAGAUGGUCUCGGACAUCUCCAACGCCUGGGGCUCGCUGGAGGGGGCGGAGAAGGGCUACGAGGAGUGGCUGCUCAACGAGAUCCGCAGGCUGGAGAGACUCGACCACCUGGCAGAGAAGUUCCGCCAGAAAGCAGCCAUCCACGAGGCCUGGACUGAAGGCAAGGAGGAGAUGCUGCAGCAGAAGGACUACGAGUCCGCCUCUUUAUCAGAGAUCAAGGCCCUGCUGAAGAAGCAUGAGGCCUUUGAGAGUGAUCUGGCGGCCCAUCAGGACCGAGUGGAGCAGAUCGCUGCCAUCGCACAGGAGCUGAACGAGUUGGACUACUACGACUCGCCCAGCGUGAACGCCCGCUGCCAGCGGAUCUGUGACCAAUGGGACGCGCUGGGCGCCCUGACCCAGAAGCGGAACGAGGCCUUGCAGAGAACCGAGAAGCUGCUCGAAACCAUCGACCAUUUGUACCUCGAGUUCGCCAAGAGGGCGGCGCCAUUCAACAACUGGAUGGAAGGGGCCAUGGAGGAUCUGCAGGACACCUUCAUUGUCCACACUAUUGAGGAGAUUCAGGGUUUGAGCACAGCCCACGAGCAGUUCAAGGCCACGCUUCCAGAGGCAGACAAAGAGCGGCAGGCCAUCUUGGGCAUCCACAAUGAGAUCUCCAAAAUUGUGCAGACCUACCACGUCAACAUAGCCGGCACCAACCCCUACACCACCAUCAACCCCCAGGAGAUCAACGCCAAAUGGGACAAGGUGCGACAGCUGGUGCCGCAGCGGGACCAGGCCCUGAUCGAAGAGCACGCCCGGCAGCAGAACAACGAGCGCCUGCGCAAGCAGUUCGCCAACCAGGCCAACGUCAUCGGCCCCUGGAUCCAGACCAAGAUGGAGGAGAUCGGUCGCAUUUCGAUUGAGAUGCACGGCACCUUGGAGGACCAGCUGACGCACCUGCGUCAGUACGAGAAGAGCAUCGUAAACUACAAGCCAAAGAUAGACCAGCUGGAGGGAGACCACCAGCUCAUUCAGGAAGCCCUCAUCUUCGACAACAAGCACACCAACUACACCAUGGAGCACAUCCGCGUUGGCUGGGAGCAGCUCCUCACCACCAUCGCUCGCACCAUAAACGAGAUUGAGAACCAGAUCCUGACCCGGGACGCCAAGGGCAUCAGCCAGGAGCAGAUGAACGAGUUCCGGGCAUCCUUCAACCACUUCGACAGGGACCACUCCGGCACACUGGGCGCUGAGGAGUUCAAGGCCUGCCUCAUCAGCCUGGGCUUCGAUAUCGCCAACGACGCGCAGGGUGAGGCCGAGUUCUCCCGCAUCAUGAGCAUCGUAGACCCCAACCGGCUGGGGGUCAUCACCUUCCAGGCCUUCAUCGACUUCAUGUCCCGCGAGACGGCCGACACGGACACAGCCGACCAGGUCAUGGCCUCCUUCAAAGUGCUGGCCGGAGAUAAGAACUACAUCCUGGCGGAUGAGCUGCGUAGGGAGUUGCCUCCAGACCAGGCGGAGUACUGCAUCGCCCGCAUGGCGCCCUACACUGGUCCUGACGCCGUACCUGGCGCCCUUGACUACAUGUCCUUCUCCACCGCUCUCUAUGGAGAGAGUGACCUCUGAACCCUCCUCCGGGGCCGCCCUGGGACCAUCAACUCAGCAAUGCCCGGUCCACAGCCAUCUUCUCCUCAGAUUACCCACAGCUAGCUCCUCCCUGCCCCCUCCACAACCCUGUUCAUACAAAAGCUAGCGCCUGCCUGUCCUCCUCCACAGUGUACUCCUCUUCACCCUUCCCACAGCUAGGCCCUUCCAACUCUGACGAUGCGCCCCCCCCCCCCCUUCCCAAAGGCAGAUUCCCCUCCUGCCUCACCACCAUAGCCCUGCUCCUACCAUGCUGGCACAUUUUUUGUACACCCCCAGCCUUUUGCCACCCCGUUCCUCCCCCCAUUGCCCGCUGCCCCCCCCCCUCCCCACGCUCCCAUUUGUUGUACUUGCUUUUGAUGCAAUGCAGCACCUCUCCAGGUUUACAAAGGGGAGAGAGAAUUGUUUCUUUCUGUUUUUAUUUUUUGUUGUUCUUGUUUUUCUUCAAAAAAAUAAAAAUAAAAUUAACAUAUUUUAUUAUACAGAACGAAAAAAAGGUAUUUUUCUCCACCUGAUUUAAAAAAAAACAAAAAUAAAGACAAAAAAUUGCAA